AUGUUACAACACUACCACCACAACCAUGAACUGGGAGUCUGGGACGAAGAAUACGAACAACGGCCUCCUACACCACGACGCACCGACUCCCCCGACGAUAUCAACCCAUUUCUGCUUGAAAGAACGCCCGAAACUCCCCUUGAGCAGCUAACAAGACACUGGCUUAAUGAACGACACGCCCCGGACAUCUUACCCGCGCAGGAAGAGCUGCUCAGCGGGAUGCUCGACCAUCUCAGGCGCCAGUCAGAAGCCGUCCACCUCCUCCGUGGUGACCCUUCUUCGUCCGAUGAAGAACAUAUAAGGAUUAUGCUCGUACAGACGGAAAUUGAACGUGUCAAGUUUAUCGUGAGAUCGUAUGUCCGUACGAGGUUGUUCAAGAUAGAGAAAUACGCUCGGUUCGUCACAUCUAACGCUGAUGUCCAAAGACGCUUGACGGCGGCUGAGAGGGACCAUGCGAGUCGACACGCGAAAAUAACAGACCAGCACUUUUACCUAUCUGUCCUACAAAGCCUGCCAGACGCCCAAGCACACCUAGACGAUACACCCGUAUUUUACCCGUCCAUGGUAACGGAACCAGACAAAUCGCGUCCCGUUUUCGUACACGCAUUGACAAGGUGUUCGCAGAUCACGUUGCCCGACGGCGCGACGCUAGACAUGGAAAAGGGGCAUAUUUCACUCACACUCUACUCUGUUGUGGAACAACUCGUGGCAAGGGGGGAGGUUGAACUCAUCUAA